UCCACAUCCACAGUGGAAGUCUCCAGUGGAAACCUCCAGUGCCAGCAGGCAGAAAUGUCACGGUGCUCAUUUCUGAGAAGCUUUGUGAGUACAAGAGGAGAGCCUGAGUGGAUAAAAACCUGUGAUCUGAUGAAAGUCCUCUGCAGCAUCCUCCUCCUCACUGUGCUGGGCAUCUUCUGUUUGGACCACAACUUGCGAUGGAACUUUCUACUAUAAUGUGAAGAAGCUUUUAUUUCAAUGAUGCGACUGCUGCAGAAGAGGGGAUGUUUAUCUGGAGCAUAUCAGGUUGCUUUAAUUCAAAUGAACGUGCAGUUCAUGUGUUUUUUACACUGCUGGAGAUGAAGGCAGACCGAUGAACUAUGAACUUGUUCGUGUGGAUAUUUGUCUUAAACUUUUUCUUGUGCUGGACUUCUGUUGACGCACAGAUGGGGUUUGAUGGUCCUCUCUCUGCACAGGAACAGAUGUACAUCCUUUAUGAAAUCAAACUGCAGUGCUACCAGAAUCUCUCCAACAUUGAUCCAGGCUCCACAGAUGAGGUGUGCCCUCCAGAAUGGGACGGUCUUAUUUGUUGGCCCCACGGCUCCCCUGGGCUGGUUACCAGUGUUCCCUGUCCGUCUUACAUCUAUGACUUCAAUCACAAAGGGCAUGCUUACAGGAAGUGCGACGCCAACGGUUCCUGGGUGUUUGUGGACCACUGGAACAAAACAUGGACCAACUACUCCGAGUGUCUGCGCUUCCUUCAGCCCACUGAUGAGGAAGGGAGACGAGACUUCUUUGAGCGGCUCUAUGUCAUGUAUACCAUCGGCUACGCUGUGUCCUUCAGCUCCCUGCUGGUGGCCAUAUUCAUCAUUGGCUAUUUCAGGCGUCUCCACUGCACCAGAAACUACAUCCACAUGCACCUGUUUGUUUCCUUCAUGUUGCGGGGAGUCAGCAUCUUUGUGAAGGACAAAGUCGUCCAUUCCAGUGCUGGACUGCAGGACUUUGAUUCUGCCCUCUUGGACAACUUAAAGACAGUUAGCAUGGCACCGCUGGACAAGUCUCAGUAUAUUGGCUGCAAGGUGACAGUGCUGCUCUUCAUCUAUUUUCUGGCGACCAACUACUACUGGAUCCUUGUAGAAGGCCUCUACCUCCACAGUCUUAUCUUCAUGGCCUUCCGAUCGGACUCCAAAUACCUCUGGGGCUUCACCUUUAUCGGAUGGGGUGUUCCAGCUGUUUUUGUGGCAGUGUGGGCGAUUGUCAGGGCAACGCUAGCAGAUGCAAGGUGUUGGGAGUUAAGUGCUGGCAACAUUAAGUGGAUCUACCAGGUUCCCAUCCUGACAGCCAUUGGGCUCAACUUCAUCUUGUUUGUGAACAUCGUUCGGGUGUUGGCCACUAAAAUCCGUGAGACAAACGCAGGGAGAUAUGACACCAGGAAACAGUACAGGAAACUGGCGAAGUCCACCCUUGUGUUGGUGCUGGUGUUUGGGAUCCACUACAUCAUCUUUGUUGGGAUGCCUCAUACAUUUGAGGGACCGAGCUGGGAGAUCCGCAUGUACUGUGAGCUCUUCUUCAACUCCUUUCAGGGUUUCUUUGUGUCCAUUAUCUAUUGCUUCUGCAACGGAGAGGUCCAGACAGAGAUAAAGAAAACAUGGACACGCUGGAACCUGGCGUUUGAGUGGGAGGGCCCGGUGGUCUGCGGCCGCUACCGUUACGGCUCCGUCGUUGUCGGCAUCAACAACAACAGCACCAGCAGCCAGUCCCACCUGGCAGGGGGUGGCCUUUCCACGCGCUCCACCACGCUUGUUUCAAGCCGUGUUUAUCGGAGCACAGGUACCCCCAUGAUCAGCAUGCACGCCACUCUCCCAGGAUACGUGAUCAGUAGCUCGGAUCCAUCCAUACCUGAAGAACCCGAGGACAGCGGCCCCAAGCAGGUGGACGAUAUCUCGCUGAAGGAAAACCUUCCUGUUCUUAGUACCAGUGCAACAGCUGAGGAUGAGGAGGAAACGCUGUAGCAGUAGUCUAACGUCAAAACUUGCGGGAGAGACUGAUGAAAAAGUUUGUAGGUGGAGCUGUGCCAACCCAAUCCACUGUCAUUCAAACUCUGAAGAAAACAAAUGUUUGACUGUAUGCAUAGACUGUAUAUAAGAAGUGGACGUAGUCACCAUGACGUCACCUGUUGCUUUGUGGACUGCCGUUUGGAAGCCUCGAGUUCGGCAUUUUGGUUUU